UCAACUAGAAAAUGACAAUGUUCAACCAUUUAAAGCUUCUUCUCUGGAAGAAUUUUAUCCUUAAGAAGCGGAAGCCUCUGAUUACAGUCCUUGAAAUCUUGAUGCCAUUCCUGUUUUCUACAAUUGUAAUAUACCUUCGUUUUAAUAGUCUACCCAAAAAAAUACCUUCUUCUAACUACUAUCCAAUUGAUAUCAGUGCCCUGCCAGGAUACUUCUAUUAUUACACUCAGAAAAGUAGCUUUCAACUUGUGUACAUCCCUUCUCGCAGUGCAACCGUGAAAAGCAUCACUGAAAUGGUGGAGAAAAGCUUUGACGUUCCAUUUGAAGUUAUAGGCUGCCGAUCAAAUUCUGAAUUUGAAAGUUACAUAACUGAUGAUCCCAAAGCUUUCUAUGCAUUGGCUGGAAUUGUUUUUGAUCACAGCUUCAGUAACAGCAAGGAUCCCUUGCCCCUUUCGGUCAGGUAUUCCUUGCGCUUCAGCGCCAUCAUGAGGAAUUUUUUACAAUUGCGGUUAUUAACCCCUCUAGAAUUCGAAGGCUGGACCACAGCCUGGCUUUACCCUCCAAACCCAGGACAAGAGCCCCGGGAGAACAUGCAUAACAGUGGAGGCCACCCCGGAUACCACAAAGAAGGCUUCCUAGCGAUUCAGCAUGCAGUGGAUAAGGCCAUCAUGUGGCACCACGUCCAAGAUGCCAUGACCCAGAUGUUUAAGAACGUCAGUGUGCUCCUAAAGAGGUUCCCGUAUGGAUCCUACAUCCAGGACCACUUCUUCGUGGUCCUGCAGAACGAGUUCUCGCCCCUCCUCAUGCUCAGCUUCAUCUGUAUUGAGCUCACUAUCAUCAACUCCAUCACCGUAGAGAAAGAGAGGAAGCUGAAGGAGUACAUGUGUAUGAUGGGACUGCACAACUGGCAGCACUGGGUGGCUUGGUUCAUCAUGUUCUUCUUGUCCGUCUCCAUGGUCGUCUCCUUCAUGACCGUGCUCUUCUGCAUGAAGAUAUCUGAGGUGGCAGUGUUCAACAACAGUGAUCCUCAUUUGAUUUUUCUUUUUCUAAUGUGUUUUGCUCUUGCCACACUAUCCUUUGCUUUCAUGGCCAGCACGUUCUUCACAAAAGCCCACAUGGCCACGUCUGUGGGGGGACUCCUCUUCUUCUUCACCUACCUCCCGUACCUCUACAUCAGUUUCAGCUACACCGAGAGGACUCACCUACAAAAGAUCACUUCUUGUCUCUUCUCAAACGUCGCCAUGGCCCUGGGGAUCCGAUUCAUAGCCUUCUCAGAGGCAAAAGGCGAAGGGCUACAAUGGAGCAACAUCGGCAGUGUGCGUGGAGACUUCAGCUUCGCUCAAGUGCUGCUCAUGCUCCUGUUUGACGCUUUCUUCUAUGGCUUGGUGGCCUGGUACCUGGAGUCCAUCCUACCAGGGGCUUAUGGUACACCCAAGCCCUGGUACUUCGUCGUCAAGGUGAGCCCUGACCCUGAUGCUACCGGGUUUCAGACUAGGGUCCUAGAACGCAUCCUGACUGUUGGCAGUACUCUUGCCCCCCUUAGUGGUAGAUUUAUUCAAGAAGAGCCUGUGGGUUUGACGAAAGGCAUUGAAAUCCUGCAUCUGUACAAGGUGUUUCAGACUGGGGGGAAGAAGACCACCGCGGUCAGGGACCUGACGCUGAAUCUGUACCAGGGGCAGAUCACGGUGCUCCUGGGACACAACGGUGCGGGGAAGAGCACCACCUGCUCUGUGCUCACAGGCCUCCUCCCAGCUUCAAGUGGAGAGGUUUAUAUCAAUGGCAACAAGAUCUCUGAAGACAUGGAUCAAGUUCGGAAGAGCUUGGGCUGGUGCCCCCAGCAUGACAUCCUAUUUGAUGCCCUUACAGUGACAGAACACCUGUACUUCUAUGCUCAGACGAUCCUGCUGACCACUCACUUCAUGGACGAGGCCGACCUGCUUGGGGACCGCAUCGCCAUCAUGGCGCAGGGGGAGCUGCAGUGCUGCGGGUCCUCGCUGUUCCUCAAGCAGAAGUAUGGUGCCGGAUAUUACAUGACUUUGGUGCAGAAGCCUCACUGUGACACGGAGGAGGUCACCCGUCUGGUCUACCAGCACAUCCCCAACGCCAUCCUGGAGGCCAGCAUUGGAGAAGAACUAACCUUCUUACUCCCGAAGGACAGCAUCCCGAGAUUUGAAUCUCUCUUCUCUGAGCUGGAGCUGAGACAGGAGGAGCUGGGCAUCUCCAGCUUUGGAGCCUCUGUGACCACCAUGGAGGAGGUCUUCGUUCGGGUUAAUAAGUUGGCAGAAUCCAAUGCAGAUAAGCAGCCCAGAAAAUCAUCCUCAAUAGGGCUGCAGACCCAAGUGAGCAGAGACCCUGCGGUCAGCGUCCGAUAUCUUCCUGCCAGAAUCUCCUCGGAGCUGCCUGGCCUGUUGAUGGAACCCAACACCGGGUUCCAGCUUCUCUGCCAGCAGUUCUAUGCGAUGCUCCUCAAGAGGAUCACCUACACUCGGCGCAAUUGGAUGAUGAUGCUGUUGAUAAAGAUCCUGGUACCCCUGGCCGUCGUCACCUUCAGCCUCAUGGUGUUCAGCCUCCAGACGCUGAGUCUAGAGAACAGACCGCUGGAGCUGACCCUCAAAAUCCACGGCCGGACCAUUGUGCCCUUCUCCAUUCCCAGUAACUCCAGCCUGGGCCCGCGCCUCACAGAACGCUUCGUGGAAAUGCUGGAGGCUGACUUACAGAUCCCUCUGGAGGUCUCAGGUUCCAUGGAUGAGUUCCUGCUGCAGAAGAAGGAGGAGGAGCCGGAGGGCUUUGACAAGCUGUACCUGGUGGCCGUCUCCAUCGAAGACGUCCAGGGCCAUUCCACGGUGACCGUGCUGUUCAACAACCAGGCCUACCACUCCCCUGCCCUGGCCCUGGCGCUGGUGGACAACUUCCUGUUCAGGCUGCUCUCAGGCACUGGGGCGUCCAUUACUGUCACCAACCACCCUCAGCCCCUACCGGCCGUGGAAAUGUCUGAGAACAUCCUUUACCAAGACCUCAAAGUGAAUUCCCUUGUCAUCAACCUGCUCUUCGGGAUGGCCUUCCUGGCCAGCUCCUUCUCCAUCCUGACCGUCAAGGAGAACGCCAGCAAGGCCAAACAUAACCAGUUUGUCGGUGGCGUCCACGUGGCUACCUUCUGGAUCCCCAACCUGCUAUGGGACCUCAUCACCGUCCUAGAACCCAGCCUGCUGCUGCUGGUGGUGUUUCUGUACUAUAGAGAAGAUGCCUUCACCUACCAGGAGAACGGCCUAGCCGUCUUGCUCUCACUCAUGCUCUACGGCUGGGCCAUCAUCCCCUUCGUCUACGUGCUCAGCUUCUGCUUCGCCAGCCCCGGCUCCGCGUUCAUCAAGCUCAUCUUCGUGCUCACCUUCCUGAGCAUCAGCCCCUUCAUCCUCGUCUCCGCCACAAGCAGGAGAGAUCUGAGCUAUAAAACCAUCUCACAGUCCUUGGACAAUGCUUUCCUGGUAUUUCCGGGCCACUGCCUGGGGAUGGCUAUCUCCAAUCUAUAUUACAACUUUGGGUUCCAGAAAUUUUGCAACACCAAGAAGCUGAACAAGACAGAUUGCAUCUCAGCCUCAGAGGGAUACGUGGUCCAGGAGAACAUCUUUGCCUGGGAGUCUCUGGGGAUUGGGAAGUACAUGACCGCCCUGGCCAUCUCCGGACCUGUGUACCUGGUUCUCCUUUUCCUCAUUGAGAACAACACCUUGAGGAGGCUGAGAGCCAGGGUCUCCAGCUGCUUCAGGAAGGAGAAUCUGGAAAAGACCCCCUCAGCGCCUGAAGACCAAGACGUGGCCGAGGAGAGGGAGACCAUCCGGACGCACUUGGGGAGAGUAUGCGAGCAGCAUCCACUGGUCGUGAAGGAGAUGUCAAAGGUGUACUUCACGGAGGUGCCCCUGCUAGCUGUCAACAAGGUGUCCUUCGCCGUCCACGCCCAGGAGUGCUUUGGCCUGCUUGGCAUCAAUGGCGCUGGGAAGACAUCCAUCUUCAAGAUACUGACUGGGGAGGAGUUCGCCACCUCUGGGGAUGCCUUUGUCCAGGGCUCCAGCAUCAACUCAGACCUUGGGGAGGUGCGGCAGCACAUCGGCUACUGCCCGCAGUUUGAUGCCCUGCUGGAGCACCUGACUGCACGGGAGACGCUGGUGCUGUACGCCCGGCUCCGGGGCAUCCCUGAGCGCCACAUCGGUGCCUGUGUGGAGAACACGCUGCAGGGCCUGCUCCUGGAGUCACACGCCAACAAGCUGGUCAGGACCUACAGUGGCGGGAACAAGCGGAAGCUCAGCACGGGCAUCGCCCUGAUCGGAGACCCUGCAGUCAUCUUCCUGGACGAGCCGUCCACGGGCAUGGACCCCGUGGCCCGGCGCCUGCUCUGGGACACAGUGGCGCGGGCCCGAGAGUCCGGCAAGGCCAUUGUCAUCACCUCCCACAGCAUGGAGGAGUGUGAGGCCCUGUGCACUCGGCUGGCCAUCAUGGUGCAGGGCCAGUUCAAGUGCCUGGGCAGCCCGCAGCACCUCAAGAGCAAGUUUGGCAGUGGCUACUCCCUGCGGGCCAAGGUCCACAGUGAUGAUGGGCAGAAAGCAGCGCUGGACGAGUUCAAGGCCUUUGUCAGCCUGACCUUUCCAGGCAGCAUCCUGGAGGACGAGCACCAGGGCUUGGUCCACUACCACCUGCCUGCCCAGGGCUUCAGCUGGGCCAAGAUGUUUGGGACCCUAGAGCGAGCUCGGGAGAAGUUCCAGCUAGACGACUACGUGGUCAGCCAGGUCUCUCUGGAGGAUGUCUUCCUGAGCCUCGCCAGCCCCACACCCCAAAGCCAGAGCCCGGACGCCUGGGGCUGGGAACCGGGCCUGCAAUAAACACUUGGUCUGUCUUGAA